AUGAAUUUGAUCAUAAAUGGCCCGAUGCCCUGGCAUGAUGGCGAAGAGACGGUACAUCAUCUACUCAAGGUACCUGACGUCGAUAACCCGUCGGUGCCGUUCUUGAGUCCCAGAGCGGGAGACUUCCUGCAAAGAGCACCCCUUGUGGCACUCGGUACAUUAGAUGCAGAGGGACGGCCAUGGUCGACACUAUGGGGUGGCCAAGCAGGUUUCGCAGGCCCCAUCGCCGAGUCCAUCAUUGGGCUUCGGGCACUAGUUGACACCAAAGGAGACCCUGUGGUUAAAGAACUACUCGGCAAUCACAAUGGAAGAACCAGUGAGAAUGUGUCCCUGCCGGCAAAAAAAAUGGUUUCUGGGUUGGCCAUUGACUUGGAGAAUCGACUGAGAGUGAAACUAUUUGGCCGAAUGAUGGCAGGAUCAUUGAACAAUGGAGACGUGGCACAGGCACAACUAGUUGUUAAGAUCGAAGAAAGUCUCGGGAAUUGUCCCAAAUAUCUGAACAAGAAGCACAUUGUGCCCGCUCAAUCGGCCCCGAUAAUACUUUCCGACAAACCUCAAUUGACCCAAGCAGCCAUCGAACUACUAUCCCGCGCAGAUAUGAUAUUCGUUUCCUCGGCACAUGGACAAACAGACAUGGAUACCAACCACCGUGGUGGACCUCCAGGUUUCGUUCGAGUCGAAUUUAAUAACCCAAGCGGCGCAGUUCUCGUCUAUCCCGAGUAUUCAGGAAACCGACUUUACCAGACACUUGGAAAUCUACAGGUCAACCCUCGGGCAGGAUGGGUGAUUCCAGACUUCGAAUCCGGAGAUGUACUUUACGUCACGGGCAAUACGCAAAUACUUGUUGGCAAAGAAGCGGCCGAAGUACUACCGCGAUCCAACCUUGCCAUACGACUGACAAUAACAGCGGCAAGGUACGUGCAAAACGGAUUGGCAUUUCGUGGCGAACCCGGCGAGCUCUCUCCGUAUAACCCGGCCGUCCGCUUUCUUCCAACUGAGAAGGGCGCGCCUGCUACCGAGGGAGCCGGAGAUAUGGCAGCGACCCUGAUUAAGAAAGUGACCAUUACCCCAACGAUCAAACGAUUACGAUUCCGUGUUUCAAGCUCUAAUCCCAUUUCCUGGAUCCCGGGACAGUAUGCUACGAUUUCGUUUGAGGAGGAGUUGAAUAUGGGAUAUUCUCAUAUGCGCGAUGACGACCCGAGCAGCUUGAACGACGACUUUAUUCGAACAUUCACCGUAUCCUCGUACCCAGGUCGAGACCUCCCUGCUAACGAGUUUGAGCUUAUGGUCCGUCUCCACGGUAAAGUAACCGACUAUCUUUUCCAUGCGAACGAACGAGCGGGGCUGGAAGUGCCCCUCAAAGGGUUUGGAGGUACUUUCCGUUUGCCUACAGACAACGAAACGAUUGUACCAUUCGUCGCUGGCGGAAUCGGUAUCACACCUCUGAUCGGGCAGCUUCCAGAUCUUGAUAUUGGUCGUCUGCGCCUGUUUUGGUCGGUGUCUGUUUAUGAUAUGGCGCUGGUGCAUGAUUUAUUUCAGCGGUGGCCCCAGUUGGUUACUUCUACCACCCUCUUUGUGACCGGUCCUAAUUUGGAUAUUGAUGAUUGCCUUCGCUCGGUAUAUGAUAUCAUUCAGGCGUCCAGUGCACGUAUUGAGGCACGCAGGAUGCAGGCUAAUGAUUUGGAUCAUUCUUUGGCUGACAUUUGGUAUCUAUGUGCAGGAACUGGAUUACAGCAAAGGGUUCUGACUUGGUUGAAGGGGAAAAAGAUUGUCUAUGAGGACUUCAGUUAUUAG